UAAUGCUGGAGUAGAUGGCAGUACAGUAGAGCGCUAACAAAAACAUUGUAUGAAAAUUCGGCGUUCUUUCACUUUUGUUUUAAAAUUGUUUACAAUAAAAUAAUCAUGUAAUCACAAUGAUGGCAACAACUAAUGAAUUUGGACCGGAUUCUGGUGGUAGAGUGAAGGGAGUUACGAUAGUAAAACCAAUAGUAUAUGGUAAUGUUGCUCGAUAUUUUGGAAAAAAGAGGGAAGAGGAUGGGCAUACUCAUCAGUGGACAGUUUAUGUUAAGCCGUAUCACAAUGAAGAUAUGUCAACAUAUGUAAAAAAAGUCCAUUUCAAAUUACACGAAAGCUAUAAUAAUCCUAAUCGUAUUAUGACAAAACCACCUUAUGAACUUACUGAAACUGGUUGGGGAGAAUUUGAAAUUGUUAUUAAAAUAUAUUUCCAUGAUCCUAAUGAACGGCCUGUAACUAUAUACCAUAUAUUAAAACUAUUUCAAACAACUCCUGAAAUACAACUGGGAAAGAAAAGCUUGGUGUCUGAAUUUUACGAAGAAAUAGUUUUCCAAGAUCCAACAGCACUGAUGCAACAUUUAUUAAAUUCUAGUAGGCCUAUAACUCUGGGUGUAUGGCGUCAUAAUACAGACUUUGAAGCAAAAAAGGAAUCCACAAUGAAAGCGAUAAUGGAAGCACGAAACAAAAUAAGGCUGGAGGUGAUUGAUCUUAAAGAAAAAGUGACAUUAGCAAAAGAAACAAUUGCUAAAUUCAAGGAAGAAAUUGCCAAGAUCUCUAAAGCUGGUGGAAGUUUGUCUGUCACAUAACUAGAAUGUUAAAUCAUUAAUUAAAAACAUUGUAAAAUAUUUUUCUGAAGAUUGUAAAAUUCUGUUUGUAUAAUUAAGUUGUAUAUAUGUCUAAUAAGAUCACAAAUUCGUAAUAAAAAUGUUUAAAAUAAAUCUGUG